GGUCACUAGGUGGCGGCGUUUCACGUGUAGACAGCAGGAAGUUAAAUAACAUCCACAUCACAUCCGUAAACCAGACACAACAAAAGGUUCGAAUCGCUCCUUCCAAAGCGCGCUGCUGUGAGUAUCAGAGACCGUAGAUGCCAUCUGGAGCGCCAUCGGGGGAGAACUGUCUCGUAGACAUGGACAGUAAGGCUGGAGAUCUGUUCAGCGCUGAGGAUGCUCACCCAACUGGUACAGGGGGAGCUGGCAUCAUGGCACGGCUGUGGCUCCCCAAAGGCCUCUCGGUCAGUAUGGCUAAAGAGUGGAUUGACAGGCGUCGAGUGUCCAUUCGACCGUGGGCCAGCUUUGUGGACCAACGCAAGUUUUCAAAACCCCGCAACUUUGGAGAGUUGUGCCAGCGGGUGGUGAAAAACGUGGACACGUUCAACAGCAACUACACCUUCAUCUUCAUGGGUCUUAUCCUCUACUGCAUUAUCAGCUCUCCCAUGCUGCUCAUUGCCUUGGCUGUGUUUGCUGGUGCCUUCUACAUAAUUCACCUCAAGUCCCAGGAGUCCAAACUGGUUGUCCUGGGCAAGGAGCUGACCGUGCCUCACCAGAUGAGUCUGGCUGGAGCCGUUUCUCUACCUGUGUUCUGGUUAGCCGGAGCUGGAGCUGCAGUGUUUUGGGUUCUAGGAGCGACGCUGUUUGUGAUUGGCUCCCACGCUGCGUUCCGGGAGCUCGAGACAUCUGAUAUGGAAGAGCUCUUCAUGGAGCCUGUAUGAAGGGCAGGCUGAACCCUCAGCGUUUGCUAGCCAACUCUCAGUUAUCACCUUUACCCCACUUUUAUCACGGCCAUGUGGGUUGAGGAAGAACUGCUCCUAGAUCUGUUGCGUGUGUCCUGUAUUUCCUGUAUUAGAAUGCUCCUUGUCUUGCCUCUAAAGUAGUUAUUGUUACAGACUCAUUCAAACACUAUACCUUCAAUAUACAAAUGAUACGUUUUGAAUAAGAGGGUAUGCCUUUUACUACAUAUGUUAAGCCUUGGAUGCCUCUGGUUACAAAUCGCUUUUUACUCCCUGCAGCGUCUCAUAAACUGACAUAUCUUCAAACAUGCUGAUCUCUGCUGCAGAUGUCUCCGAUGUAGUUUCUGGCAAGAUUACUCAUCAUGUAUAGAUCGUUUAUUCAGUAAAUGCAUUGUUUGCAUUUAUUAACUGCUGAGAAAAAAAAAGGAAUUUUCCAAAUGAUAAGUGCCAUUUAAAGCUUUAAGGUGAUCAUGCACAAGGAAAACUAAAUGUUUUACUUAAAAGGGUACAAAAAUUAAUUUGGUAUCUCAGAUAGAGGUAUCUCCCUUGUUUAGGUUGAUAUCUUUGAAGGUCAGUACGUAGUAAUCGUUUUUUUGUAUUGGGGAUAAAAUGAUGCUUUGGUGUCUGUAUGCUUAUUUGUCAGAUUUGCUCAAAACAUUUAGAUCGGAAGGUUACGCUGUAAACCUGAAAUCUUUCUUUUAUUUUAUAUUCAUGUUUUUAAAUUUUGAUGUAAAUUGGGUUUAAUUUAAAUUCUGGAAGUGCAAUAAACUCAUUAUGUAAAGAG